CUCUCUUUCCAUUAACCACACCGCCACAAACAGUGCCUUAUAAAAAGGGCUUCUUACAGAGUCCAGAAUCCAACCAUUUAAACAAGGAAAAAAAAUAUGACGAAGCAGUUGCAGAAAUCUCUCCAUGAUUACCUCUCCAAGAUCAAGAAGGAGACCGGGAAGAUCCAUUUGUCGUCUAGAUCCUUCUCUUCCUCGAAGAACUGGGUCCUCUCUGGAUGCAAGCAUCCCAAGUCUCUCUCCUUCUCUAGCAACGGCAAGCACAGAAGGAAGCGCGGAAGCAAGAGCAAGAGCGAAAGCAAAGAUUACGAGGACGAAGAUGACGGUGGCCAGGCCGCCACUUUGUCUGACAUCGAUCGGUUUCUCGAAGAGAAUUUCAAAUCCCUUUGCGUCAGAGACCACGACGACGACGACGGUGUAACCGACAGUGCCCGGAGGAAGAAGAAGUUGGGGGAAAGCGAUGGUGAUGAUGACGACAACGACGACAGAUUCAGACGCGCAUGGGGGCCGGCGUUGUACGACUCACCGGAACCUUGGAGAUCGGAGCCGAUGAAGGAGGAGGUACGGCCGAGCAUGACCGCCACCACAACCACCGCACCGAAAACAUCCAUGACGGAGGACAUUCCGUCGAGCUCAAACUCAUCAGCGUUCGGUUACGGAGGGAGAUCGGGGGAGACGACGCCGUCGGCGGUGCUGCCGGAGAACUGCAUAGCGGUGCUGAGGUACACGCCGGAUCCGCAGGAGGAUUUCAGGCAAUCGAUGGUGGAGAUGGUGGAGGCGAGGCUAGGCGCGAGGGAAUGGGACGUGGAUUGGGACUUCAUGGAGGAACUGCUCUUCUGCUACCUGGACCUCAACGAGAAGAAAUCUCACCGAUAUAUACUCAGCGCCUUCGUCGAUCUAGUCAUAGUUCUUCGUCAGAAGGAGAAGACGACCGUCACCAAGAACGGCUUCAUUCGAUCUCUCAGCACUCGUAUCGCCAGGGACAGGCUCCGCAGGCGGAUGAAGCGCCCUUCCUAGGUUUUUUUUUUUUUUUAUAAAAAGGCUCGACAAUAAAAAAAAAAAAUGCAUGGAUUUCUUUAGGCACGGAACAAGAUGGUGUGCUCUAUCAACCUUUAAUAUUAAAUAUUAAAUAAGUUGUCAAUAAAAUAAGCAAAUGUAUUGUAGUUUUUAAAAGAAAAUUAUAU